AUGGCGGGAGCGGACAAGCCGCGGUCCUUCCGUGGCGCCGCCGUGACAUCGAUCUCUGAGCCUUCUUGCGUCUUCCCACCCCCUGCGGGUGGACGGAGCAUACUAUUCGGCCGCGAUGGCCAGGACUCUUUCAAGAAUAGGUCUAAUGCCCCCGGCGACGGCGCUCCGCUUUCCGCAGACACCACCGGCCGGCCAUCCACCCAUUCCAAUCCUCUCCACCUGCCUCCAUGUCCCCUCCAGUACCCGUCUUCGACGCAAAAGCGAUGCCCUUCCGCCGGCUGGGCCCCAGCGGGCUGCGCGUGCCGCUCUUCUCUCUCUCGGAGGCUGCCAGUUUUCACGUGUUCAUCGUCGACAUCAGCUCAUUUUCCAGCAGGGCUCACCCUCGGCGGCUCAGUUGUCGGCGAAAGCGUCAAGGACAUCAUGCAGGCUGCCUUCGAGAACGGGAUCAACAUGUUCGACACCGCAGAGGACUACCAGAAGGGCGCGGCUGAGCGCGAAAUGGGUCGCGCUAUCAAAGAACUUGGCUGGCGCCGCACCGACCUCAUCAUCUCGACCAAGAUAUUCUGGAGCCACGAGCCGGGCACGGGCCCGAAUGACACGGGGCUGUCGCGCAAACAUGCAACAGCGUCAUCGAGGGCACGAAGGCAUGCCUGCGACGGCUGUAAAUGGACUAUGUCGACGUCAUCUUCGCGCAUCGAUGCGAUACCACCGUUCCGAUGGAGGAGAUUGUUCGUGCUUUCAACUACGUUAUCGACCAGGGCUGGGCGUUCUACUGGGGCACCUCCGAAUGGAGCGCGCAUCAGAUCGAAGAGGCGCAUCGCAAGCGUGUUCCUCGCUCUCAACCUCCCAUUGCUGACCCCGGGCACAGAUGUUGCCACGCGUUUGAAUCUUAUCGCGCCGAUUGCGGAGCAGUGCAAACACAACAUGUUCCACCGCGAUCGUCCGGAGAAGGAAUACGCCCCUUUGUACGCCAAGUACGGCCUCGGCACAACUGCGUUUUCGGCACUGCAGGGCGGACUGCUGACUGGGAAGUACAACGACGGCAUCCCAGACGGCACGCGCUUCGCCACCGUGCCCAUGUUCCGCGGGGCGACGGAGGGUGCCCAAGGCGAAGAGCUGCUACAAAAAGUGCGCCUCCUCGGCGAAAUCGCUGCAGGGGCGACAGAACUCAAUUCGACGCCGACCGCGCUGGCGCUCGCGUGGGUCGCCGCGCACCGUUAUACUUCCACAGUCAUCCUCGGCGUAUCCUCCGUCGCGCAGCUGCAGGCGAACCUCGCCGCGCUUGCGGUCCUCCCCAAGCUGGAUGCUGCGGUGUUGGCGCGUAUCGAGAGCGUGUUGAGCAACCGCCCGCAGGAACCGGAGACGUAUGGUCGCCCGCCGCUUGAUCGGGGUAUCCUUUGA